CGCGGUGACCGGGCGCCCCGAGACCGAGGCCACCCCGCCCGCCGCCGCCGCCAACCCGGGUCGCCGCCCCCCGCGCCGCGUCACUGGGUGCCGCGGGUGAGCACCUACCAUUGGCCGAGCCGCGGAGGGGAGAGGCCGCGACCCUUCCCCGCCAGCGGGCGACGCGCCAGUGGGCCGGCGGCCUGGGCCUGGCGCUCAAUUUAAAAACUUAACACAGGCCGCUGACGGGCUCCGGAAACGAAACGAAAUUCGCCCCGCGGGCCGCCCUCCGGGCCCCGCCAGUCCCUCCGCGCGCCGCGCUCCCCGGAAUCGACCCUUCUCCCGCCAUUUGCCACCGGGCUCUCGCCGAGCCCGCCCUCCCAGGGCUCAGAGGCCUGCGGCCGCCGGGACCGAACGAGCGGCAUGGCGGCAGGCGUGGACUGCGGAGAAGGGGCUAGCGCCCGGCAGCACGUGUUCCUAGUCCCAGAUACUGCAUGUUUUUACAAAUUGACAGAUUGUGGCAACUCUGCAUUGGAGUAUUUAAAAGAUGCUUCAAAGAAGAUGAAAAGUGGGCUUAUGUUUGUAAAACUGGUUAACCCAUGUUCAGGGGAAGGAGCCAUUUACUUGUUCAAUAUGUGUCUACCGCAGCUGUUUGAAAUAAAAGUUUUCAAGGAAAAAAACCAUUCUUGGUUUAUAAAUGAAUCAGUUCAAUCAGCCUGGAGAGCGCCACUCAUCUCACUGCAGAGAUUCCAGUUUCUCAUGCUCAGUCUUCUUCGACUCCUGCCCGCUUGCAUUUUUCUUUGGGAGGAGGGAUGGGGAGGUCUUCUUCACUUUGCCACACCCAUGGACCCUCUGUUUCUACUUCUCCACUACCUUAUAAAGGCUGAUAGAGAGGGAAAGUUUCAGCCCCUGGAUCAAGUUGUGAUGGAUGACGUGUUUCCGAAUUGCAUCUUGCUGCUGAAACUUCCUGAGCUUGAGAAGUUACUUCGACAUGUGACAGAGGAGAAAGAAAUAGACAAGAAGAAAUAUUACAAGUACAGCAAAGAGAAGACAUUAAAAUGGCUGGAAAAAAAGGUUAAUCAGACUAUGGCAGCAUUAAAAACCAAUAAUGUAAAUGUCAGUGCCCGGGUACAGUCUACUGCAUUUUUCUCUGGUGACCCGGUUUCCAGUGACAAGGAAGAGGAUUAUAUUCGUUAUGCCCAUGGUCUGAUAUCUGAUUACAUCCCUAAAGAAUUAAGUGAUGACUUAUCUAAAUAUUUAAAGCUUCCAGAACCUCCAGCUUCAGUGCCAAACCCUCCAUCAAAGAAAGUAAAGUUAUCAGAUGAGCCCGUAGAAGCAAAAGAAGAUUACACUAAGUUUAACACUAAAGAUUUGAAGACUGUAAAGGUGGCAGCACAAAGACAGAAAAGGGACAAGUGACAACAGAUCCACGCAAGGCUUGGCUGCUUCUCAUGUGAUUUAAGACACUCCCAGAGGGCUAAAACUUUUUCUUCUGCACUUCCUAGAAAAUCACCGAAUGCCAAAAGAUGUAUUUUAAAGGACUAACCAGGACUGUUUUAUUUCUGUGAUCAAUAUCGCUAGUCCCUUCAGGCAGCAGCAACUCCCCCUGGAGGCGACUGGCAUGGAACUAGAAAGCACCCCUCGUGUGACUCUGCCCUGAGGAAUUCAAGCCAUGUCACCCCUCUGCCCCAGCCUACCCACCAUAAAGGUAUGGGUUUUUAACAGUCUAGUGCUUCGGAUUUCAAAACAUUGGGAGGAGAAGGCUCAUUGUGAAAACCGGCUCAUUUCUUAAGCUGGACCCUGUUGGCCUGCUGUUUUCCUGGGGUUAGGACAGCACUUUUAGGUUUGCACGUGGUGACUAUAAGUACUAGAUUCCACACCAGAAGCUUUGACAGACCGAGUUUCUACCCUUAUUAAAAAAAAGAAAAACGGGGAAUUCCCGGGAGGUCCAGGGGGAGGACUCAGCACGUUCACGGCCAUGGCAGGGGUUCAAUCCCUGGUCAGGGAAACAGGAUCCGCAAGCUGCGUGCUGCACCCCCCCAAAAAAAGAAAAAAGAAAGCCUGACCUUUCUUUCCUCCUUAUCACUUUGGCAGCUUCUACUUCAUAACAAUACCUGAACAUGUGCAUUUUAUGGUCUGCCGGAGUUGUAAACAUUGCUUCAUUUUUAAAAGAUU